CUGGGCGGAAGAGAGACGGCCCGAGAUCGAAGUCAAUUCACGGUUUUUGUUUUUGGGUCAUAGUUUCGGCCGUCGGCAGAUUUUACGAUCCCUUGUGCACUACUUUGAUUUUUUACUGUUUCGCGCGAAAAACUCGCGAACACAUUUCCAUGUUUCCCUGUUUUUUUGCGGCCCCGGAGGCCACGCAAAAAAAAUCACAAUUUUCAUAAACCGAAUUUUCUAUUUUUUGUUUGACUCGGGAAAAAUCGGCGUGAGUUUUUAUGGCCGAACGUCAAGGUCCGGGACUGCUGCAUUUUUUUAGGGAACACUAUUUUCGCAGCACUCGUAAUGACUUCGUAUAAAAAAGAAAAUCUACCUGAGUUUUAUGACUGGACAGCGCGAAAAAAAUGAAAAUGAACGCAUAGGGUUGCAUAAUCCGGCAGCUUAAGUUUUUUGGCCUGUUGUGAUCAUAAAAAACGCCCAUCCUGCCGAGUUUUUCACAGUUUCCUAUAAAUAUCCUGGGCCGCGCAGUGCUCAGCAUCAGUUGCUCAGCAGCAUUCCAAGCGAACAGAUCGAACACAGCCAGAUCCUCCUCACAUCGAUCGUGAGAAAAUCCCACAACAUUCCGACAAAUAUCACUACAACAUGGUGUUCAACUUGAUGAACCAGACAUGCAAGGUGUGCGGCGAGCCGGCGGCGGGCUUCCACUUUGGCGCCUUCACCUGCGAGGGCUGCAAGUCCUUCUUCGGCCGAUCGUACAACAACAUCAGCACCAUCAGCGAGUGCAAGAACGAGGGCAAGUGCAUCAUCGACAAGAAGAACCGCACCACCUGCAAGGCCUGCCGCUUGAGGAAGUGCUACAACGUGGGCAUGUCCAAGGGCGGAUCCCGCUACGGCCGUCGCUCCAACUGGUUCAAGAUCCACUGCCUGCUGCAGGAGCACGAGCAGGCCGCUGCGGCGGCGGGCAAGGCGCCACCCACAGUGGGUGGUGGUGCCCCGUCGGCCUCCUCGCCGGUGGGUUCGCCACACACGCCCGGCUUCGGGGACAUGGCCGCCCAUCUGCACCACCACCAUCAGCAGCAGCAGCAGCAACAGCAGGUGCCGCGUCACCCACAUAUGCCUCUGCUGGGCUACCCCAGCUAUCUGCCCGAUCCCGCUGCCGCCCUGCCCUUCUUCAGCAUGAUGGGGGGCGUGGCACCGCACCAGUCGCCCUUCCAGCUGCCGCCGCACCUCCUCUUCCCCGGCUACCAUGCCAGCGCGGCCGCUGCAGCGGCUUCGGCCGCGGAUGCCGCCUACCGCCAGGAGAUGUACAAGCACCGCCAGAGCGUGGACUCCGUGGAGUCGCAGAACCGCUUCAGCCCCGCCAGCCAGCCACCGGUGGUGCAGCAGCAGCAGCAGCCACAGCAGCCCCUCUCGGCCCGCCAGUCGCCCAUCGAUGUGUGCCUGGAGGAGGAUGUCCAGUCCGUGCAUAGCCACCAGUCCAGCGGCAGCCUCCUGCAUCCCAUUGCCAUCCGAGCCACCCCGACCAGCAGCCCCCUGAGCUUCGCCGCCAAGAUGCAGAGCCUUUCGCCCGUUUCCGUGUGCUCCAUUGGUGGCGAAACCACCAGCCCAGUGGCUCCAGUGCAUCAGACCGCCACAGCCAGCGCCCAGGAUGGACCCAUGGACCUGAGCAUGAAGACCUCGCGCAGCUCGGUGCACAGCUUCAACGACAGCGGCUCCGAGGAUCAGGAGCUGGAGGUGGCUCCCCGGCGCAAGUUCUACCAGCUGGAGGCCGAGUGCCUGACCACCACCACCAGCAGCAGCAGCAGUUCCUCCCACUCCCACUCGCCCAGCACCACCCACGCGGAGGUCAAGCGGCAGAAGCUGGGUGGUGCUGAGGCCACCCACUUCGGUGGCUUCGCGGUGGCCCAUAAUGCGGCCAGUGCCAUGAGGGGUAUUUUCGUGUGUGUCUGAGUACACGGCGAAAAAAUCCAAGUGGGAGGAGUCGCCCCAAAACCCUCGUUGUUUAUUUUUGUUACUUAAAAGAAAAUGUAAAUUUUGUUCGUGUGCUCGCUCGCACUUGGAGGAGGCGAAAGAGACAGGGACAGACAGGUUUCGCUGGAAAGAGACAGCUAGCCAGGUAGUUGCAUUGCACUCGCACACUCACACAUACACACACCACACACACACACUCGCCUAUUGAGCUCAUAUCCAAAAAUUAUUUUUAUGAAAACGUUGAAAAUUGUAAAUAUAUCUUUGAGCUUGUUUGCAAUUGUAUUUUAAAGUUACAGAGCCGUAGAAGUAGUAAUCAUUCCCACCCUCGAAACGCUAUUGUACAUACAAAAUUGUUAAGUCUAAGAAUGAUCUUUAUUGUCACUAAGUAUUUUAUUGUAUUCUAGUUCUAGUUGAUGUACGUCUAUAGAUUGGCUUUUAGUAUUAUGCAAAGAAAAAUAAAAACUAUUAAAAAUUAAA